GUAGGGUGAUUUGAGAGAUGACAUCAUUCCUCAUUUGAAUAAAUCCCAGCCGGGGUAGUGAUUGGUCGUGAGAUGGAGAAAGUCGAGUUACUUGGCUAUUCAUCCCUUUCAAUUUCACCCCCGCGCGCAAUGCCGUGGUAAAACCCUCUCUGCCUGUCCAUCCAUCCUGGCCAGUAGAGAGUGUGUGCGUGGACUGCAAAUCGCUUUUCCUUUCUUUGGAAGGGACGCGCAUCACUUCUGGAAACUGCGGUCGAUAGAAGUUUCGUUGUAAUCUGGCUGCUGUAUUUUGGCUUGUUUCACAUCUUGUUCGGUUUCAUUUUGUAAUUUGUUACACUUUGUAUUCGAGGAUAUUGAAAGGAGUCGGAGGAUAUUGUCAAACACGGGCGUAGCUGGAGAUCAAGCUAUAGCUAGCUACACUGCGUUGAUCAGACUCCACCAUCGCCUGAGUGCAGUUACCAUCUUCAGUCUCAAGCUCUCCAGCCCUCCUCUGUAGAGACGGACAGCCAGGACUGAGGGGAGAUGAAACCGGAUGGGGUUGCCACGGCAGCGAUGGAGCCAAUGGAAGCACUGGAUGCCGAUCCGGUAAACGAGUCAGUUGCGAUGGGAGAGGAGCCUAACCAGGCUGCGCCGGCACCACAGACUGAGGGAGUUGGCCAGCAGGGAGAGAUGGGGCAGGGUGAGCCUCAACCAGAGCCAGCCCAGGUGGCCCCCACCAAGACGGGGAACAGCAAGGCUGCAGCAGACCCAAAAGCCAAGACCAAGGCCCCCGCUGCUAAGACGAAGCCUGGGACCACCACCACAAUUAAGACCACGACCGGACCAGGGUCUCGACCCAACACCGCCCAGAGCCGACUGACCAAUGGGGUUUCCAAGCCACAUGCCAACGGAGUGGCCAAGAAGACCACCACUGGAGCCCCAGAGAAGACUACGCCCAAGAGGCCCGUAGGCACAGCCGUUGCCCCUACCACUAAGACCACCGCCAAGGUUGGUGAGAAGAAGCCAGCGGGCACCACCCGCCCUGCCUCGGCUCCUGCUGCCACCAAUGGGGUGAAGGCCACCACAGGAACAGCAGCAAAGAAGACACCUGCCACGCCAACUAAUGGUGUCAAAGCCACCACCACCGCUGCUAAGAAGCCCACAGCUCCCCGGCCUGUCUCUGCAGCUACCACCAAGCCCAGCACUGCCGCUGCUCCCAAGCCUGAUAGGCCCCCUGUUUCCAAGACAACCAGGCCUGCCACUGCUGCUCCAGGAUCUCGCCCUGCCUCUGCUGCAGCCAGGCCAGCCACAGCCAGCACAGCCAAGAGCUCCACAUCCACAGCCAAGCCUGGCACCCCCACGGCUAAAACCACCUCCACCACUCCCAGACCAGCCUCUGCCAAAGCCGGCUCUACAACACCCUCUGCUGGACGGAUCCCAACAUCACAGCCCUCAAAAACCGCAACUCCCAUCAAGAAAGAUGUUACCAAAUCAGCCACCAAGAAGCCUGCAGCGGCUCCUCUCACUCGCACCUCACCAGCCAAGACCACCAAACCUGAGACUCCCAAAUCAGCCUCCGCAUCCAAGCCAGACUCCACCCCCAAGAAGCCAGCUGCCAGCAGCAAGGCCGCAGACACCAAGAAGACGCCAAGCAAGCCCACGCCUUCAAAGGAUGUCAGUGCUGGCCCCAAGACCCCUAGUAGCAAGCCAGCAGGGAAGGCUUCCACCCCUAAGAAGACUGUGGGCAGCAACACUCCCAUGGCAGUGAAGCGUGGCCCCAAGCCCACGAUGGCGGCAGAGCCCGCGACUAAAGAGGGUCAGACCCAGGACGCCGCUGUUGCUGCCACCAUAUCUGCAGCUGCCUUGGCUGCUGUGGUCUCCAUAGCAACCUCGGAAGAAGCAGUGGUGGCUGCAGUCCCAGAGGAGAAGGAGACGGUGCCCCCUCAGGCCAGCCAGCCAGAAGAGGCCCCAGAGGCCUUUAUCUCUCAGCUGUCAGCUCAGCUGGACCUGGUCCUCCUGGAAGAGCCAGCAGACACCGUGUCUCCCCUGGGCACCACGGUCAUGUCUCCUCCAUGCUCCCCCAUUGGGCCCAUGUCCCCGGUCAGGGAGCCCCAGAAUGCCUCUGCUCUGCUGGACAUGCACGUCCAGCCAGAACCCAGUUCCCAGAACCAGUCUGCCAUGGCUCCACAGAGCCCGGUCCAGGAGGAGGUGAUAUUCCAGGCAGACUGCUGGGCCCAGAACCAGUCUGCCAUGGCUCCACAAAGCCCGGUCCAGGAGGAGGUGAUAUUCCAGGCAGACUGCUGGGCCCAGAACCAGUCUGCCAUGGCUCCACAGAGCCCGGUCCAGGAGGAGGUGAUAUUCCAGUCAGACUCCUGGGCCCAGAACCAGUCUGCCAUGGCUCCACAGAGCCCUGUCCAGGAGGAGGUGAAGGUCCAGCCAGAUGAGCAGCAGGAGGACCUUCUCAUGCCCUCCUCUUCAGCCCCUCCUGCAUUCAGCAUAAUGUCUCAGCCCAUGGAUGAGUUCACCUCAGAGGUCCUGGUCUCUCCCUCUCAGGACCAGGAAGAGGCAGUGGAGAAGGCAGAUGAGGAGAUCAACGAAGAUGAUGAUGAUGAGGAGGAAGAGGAGAGGACAGUGGGCAAGCCGACAUUACUGUUGGACAUGAGUAGCUCUCAGCCCUCAGAGGAGACCAAUCCUGCAGGCUUCGGUGGUGCCACCGGUUGGCAUGGGGAUGACGUCUUGUCAGGGAUGGACUCUGAGGAUGUGAGCAGUCGCCUGCAGGGGUCAUCAGAGAUUAGUAGCACCCAGCAUAUGGGCCUGCUGCAAGGUACCCAGAGCUCCGACGCCCUGGUAGACUCCAGCCUCAAGGGCUCCGAUGGAGAAGGGGCCUUCAUGGGCCUUCAUCCGGCUCCCCCAAUAGGAGGCCAAACCUGCAGGCUUCAGUGGUUCCUGUCCAACGAUGAGGAGGAAGAUGAAGAGGAAUAUGAGGAUAGGAAAGUGUGCAAGCCGACAUCACUGUUUGACAUGAGUAGCUCUCAGCCCUCAGAGGAGGCCAAACCUGCAGGCUUCAGUGGUUCCACCGGUUGGCAUGGGGAUGACCGUUUGUCAGGGAUGGACUCUGAGGAUGUGAGCAGCCGCCUGCAGGGGUCAUCAGAGAUUAGUAGCACCCAGCAUACGGGCCUGCUGCAGGGUGAGGAGAUCAACGGAGAUGAUGAUGAGGAGGAAGAGGAGAGGACAGUCCUGGUAGACUCUGGCCUCAAGGGCUCAGAGGGAGAAGGGGCCUUCAUGGGCUCCCCCAAUGUGGAGACCCUGUCCAUCGAUGAGGAGGAAGAUGAAGAGGAAUAUGAGGAUAGGAAAGUGUGCAAGCCGACAUCACUGUUUGACAUGAGUAGCUCUCAGCCCUCAGAGGAGGCCAAACCUGCAGGCUUCAGUGGUUCCACCGGUUGGCAUGGGGAUGACGUUUGUCAGCAUGGGGAUGACCGUUUGUCAGGGAUGGACUCUGAGGAUGUGAGCAGCCGCCUGCAGGGGUCAUCAGAGAUUAGCAGCACCCAGCAUACGGGCCUGCUACAGGGUACCCAGAGCUCCGACGUCCUGGUAGACUCCAGCCUCAAGGGCUCCGAUGGAGAAGGGGCCUUCAUGGGCUCCCCCAAUGUGGAGACCCUGUCCAACGAUGAGGAGCGAGUUGAUGAUAUGGAUGUGAGCUCAGAGCGGGCAGUGGACCACCAGAACGUGUGUCAGCAAGAGGAUGAGGAGGAUGAUGAUGUGGAGAUGCCCAGCGAAGGGGUGACGGAGAGUGGACUGGAGAGCUGUGGGAAUGCAGAUGAGGAUGACUACACAGAGGAGGACCGUUUGGAUAACCUCAACCGUUCGACCGUCCCACCUUCCUCAGCCUGGGGUCAGACAAACCCCUUCACUGACCCCUGGGCCCAGCCCCACCUCUCCUCCCCCCACACCGCCUCCAGCCCCCUGUCUGACCACGGGGCUGACGGCCCUGAGACGCCCACCCAGUCCUCUGCCCAGGCCUGGUUGGAUCUCAGUGCCCCCUCUCUGAUGCUCCAGUCAGAGCAGCCCUCAGAGCCCCAGACUGCCCCCGAGGAGAUGGAGAGCUCUUCCCCAGUGGAGGCCUCUGCCCCCCCAGGCCCCCCUGCUGUGGGCAUGUCUCAGUCCAGCACCCUGAGUGGCACGGCCCUGGCCGUCCACAGCAGCAGUGAAACCAGCACUCCCGAGGAGCUCCGUGACUAUGACAGCAGCUCCGGGGUGGAGUCACGCUCUGACAAGCAGCAGACUCCCGUGCCAUCCAAUGUGCAACCUGACCUGGAACAGGACUUGGGCAUCCAUCUGGAGCGAGGUGACGAGGAGGAGGAGGCUGAGACGCUCCCUGCUGACGAGGUCCUGGGAACAGGCCCUCCUACUGCCCCUGCCUCUGCCCCCUCCUCCCCCUCCACCUCUGGAGACGAGGCCAGCGACAUGGAGGGUGAGAUGCAGAUCAAUGACCCAGAUGUCCCCGUCACCAUGGAUGACAGCGCUGAGUUCGACAGUCCACCCUCCGCCCGUAUCCUGCCUGCCCUGGAAGAGGAUGAGGAGGUGGUGGAGGCGCCGGCCGGAGGAGAGGAGGAGGACGGGGGUGGCGGCACACCCCAGUCUGCCAACUCUGUGGCGUCUUACGGCUUCGACUGCACCAUGUCCAACUCCAACGCCCACUCCACUGCCGAGAGCUGCGGUAAGAGUCCCGGCAUCUUCUCCCUGGAGAACGAGGACCAGUUGCCCGAGGAGGCCAAGGACCCUCUCAUCAAGGAGCUGACCCUGCCAGCAGCGGCCGCCCAGUCAGAGGAGCUGCUGGGAGGCCCUGUAGACCUGCUGCCCCUGGGCCAGCCUGGGGACCAGCACCACUACAUGCUGGGGGGGAAGAUGGAUGCUGACGACCUGGAGGUCAACACCCUGGAGGACACCCUCCGCCUGGGGCCCCAGCAUGCCGGGGAGGCCAGCGAGGGCCAGCCACCCUACUACUCUGCUAUAUGCGAUAAGACUGAUAGCUUUCUGGCAGGUAACGUAUAAGUCCCUACCCCUGGAAUGCACCUUCUCCCUCGCACCCCUCCCCCUUGUUGUUCUUAGUUUUUCUCUCGAGGUGGGUUAGAUGGUUUAGAAAAACAAGCAAAUGAUGGUAGGAAACAAAAGGCAAGGGGAAUGAAAAAGACUGUAGAUCAGUGAAGCCUCCCUCUUUCAUACUACUAUUAUGGUUAUGAAUGUAUGGCACUACUUUAUAUGUACACUAGCUACCAUUUUCUAUUAGAAUGUUCUUUUUAAGUAACACUGCGUACUCCGUAACCCCUGAGGGGGCAUUGACUGACUGGUCCGUUGGGACAAAGCUCUUAUAAGAAAAGGAGAAUGGACUCUACCUACAUGUGUAUUUAUCCUAUUGUUUUUACCAAACAAAUGUCAGUUCUUUUGUUUUUGUACUUGUUUUGUUGGAACCCGGUUCUCCCUCCCCUAUGUACACGCUCCAUUUGAUCCUGCACCGUAGAGAUAUCCUACUCUUCUUUUUUUUUUUUUACAAGUUUGUCUUGUUUUCAACACCAUUUUAGUAUUGAAUAAAGACUAGAUAUUUAAACAUGGCUUUCCUCACCUUAUAGUUUUGUUGAGGUCGGUAUGGGAGUGUUCAAUUUGAAGUUUGUCUCGUUUUAAUUUGCGCUACAGGAAGUUUGCCUCUCCCUGCAUAGAUUACCAUGGCAAGUAAAGUUGUCGUGUACGGUGUUUUUUGAGGCAUCUGUUUUAAGUGUUCAUGCCUCUUAGUUGAUCGUUUGUGCUUCAGAACCAACUAACAACUAUUUCUGGGGGAAAAACCGUGCGUUCCUCUGCAUUUUAGAAUGCUUUUCUCACUGAAAACGCUUUUAGUGAUAUUGCAUAUUCCAACUUGCAUGUACUAACAUUGAAAUUGUAUCUGAUUAAACCAUUAUACAGUAGGGUUGUUCAUAAAUGAAUGGUUCACGCUAAGUAGGUUUUUCAAAAUUCCAUUAAACAUCAUUGCAAGGCA